AUGACGACCGAGUGGAUAAACUUGUUGAAGUCUGCUUAUAAAACUUGCUUAAAUCAAGAUGGCAGAUGCAAAGUACAUUAUACAUUUCCAAACAAAGAUGAAAUGGCUGAGGAAUAUUCUUUAGGAAAUUACCAAUUGAUGGUUCGCAAAUGGCGGAGAAAAACAACCGGUCUUACUGGUGUUGAAUCAUGGAAGUAUGAAGUGGGAGAACCUCUGAACCCAGCUAUGGUCCUACAAGCUGAGACACUCAGAGAAAACAUCAAUAAUCCAAUAUUUAUGCGCUUAGAUAAAAAGGAACAUUUCCAGUGGAGAAUUCGCAACCUUCCCUAUUCUCUCAACACAUACGACAUAACUGUGGGUGAUGAUAAGAAUCAAAUUACUGUCAGAACAACAAACAAAAAGUAUUACAAGAAAUUCUUCAUCCCAGACAUGGAACGUUUAGGCCUCAGUUUAGAUGACAGCUCACUGGCCUUUAACCAUGCAAAUGAUACACUCAUAAUAUCAUACAAGAAACCUGAGGAAGUACUUGAUCUUGAGCGAAUGGUGAGGGCUGAACUGAAGAAGGUAAAGGAUGAUGGGGACAUUUGUGAAAUCCCUGGCCAGGUUUGUUGUGUAACCUGA